AUGUCACAUUACAGUGAAUCUUCACCACUAACACCACUAAACUUUUUAAAGAGUGAAGAGAUUUUAUUUUGUAUAUAUGAAGAAUUUGAAAAUGAAGAAAGUGCAGAUCAAAAUGACAAGUUAAUAUUUUUUUACCCAGAUAUACCACAGGUUAAUAAUAUGAUGAAGGUAAAUUUUGGUGGUGGUAUUCAUUCAAUGUCUGGUAUCAGUGGUGACUUUUUUACCUCAUCACCAAUAGAUUACAUUACCUUAGAAAGACAUACACUUUCACUUAAAGUAGUUGACCGUUAUACAUUAGUUUUAUGUACUGAGAAUGACAUAGCUCCAUCAACUGUAUCAAAUCACUUAACUCAUAUUUAUAAUGCAUUAACUUUUUAUUAUAGAAAUUUACAAAUUGUUUCGAAAGAAAAAAAGAAAUUAGAAGGCGAAUUAAAAGAACUAAUGGAGAUUUCUGCAAAAAAUAUGUAUAAAAAUUUAAUGAAUUCCUUUAGCCCUUUACCAUAUACACCAUUACCACACAGAUCACAAAGAUUUUUUAUACAAUCAUCACAAUUAAUAGAUAGUAUUAUUUCAAAUGACCACUUAGGUGGCGCAAUAUUUUUUAGAAAUACAGUAUUAUUUAGCAAUUUUGAAUUACAAACCACAACUAAAUUUAUAUUGGAUAAAAUCGAAUAUUCAAGGAGAAAUGCAACCAACCCAAUUAUAUUACAGCAACAACAACAGCAACAGCAACCACAAUCACCUUUACAGCAACCACAACAAAUGAACUUAAACUCAUCCUCCCAACCAUUACCAAAUCAGCUACCACCACAAUUUAUUCCAGAGGAUCAUCAUCAAACUGUAUAUAUUUCACCAAAAGAAUACACCGUUUUAAAAAACAAACAUAUAAAUACUGAUAUUCACCAAAACCCAAACAAUAUUUUCAAACUAAACCCACAACCACAAAAACAACCAGAACAACCACAGCAACCAGAGUUAGACCGUUAUGGUGAACCAAUUAAGCCACCAUUACAUAACAAUGAGGACUAUAUUGCUGUAGAGUUAUUAAUUAUUUAUUGGAAUGAUAUUACCAUCGCUUUAUUAACAGACAUCAACCAAAAUAACCAAUUUACAAUUCAUUUAGAGUUUAACAAGAUACGUUUAAAUCAUCAAAACCGUAUUUUACAAUUAUCAAAAGAAUUAGAACAAAGCUUUGACAACAGACCAUCACCACCACAGGUUUUAUAUCGUACCACCAUCUCUCCAUCAAAUAUUUUCCAUUUCUUAUCAUACGAUUCCUUAACUAGCAUGGCUAUAUCAAGUGGUAUCUCCACAACGAACGAAGAGAAUUUUAUAAAUACCUGUACUAUAGUCCAUGAUACUUUUAUCGAAAACCCAGAUACAACCCAAAUGUUUUUAAAGAAUCAACACGGUGAAAUAUUUUGUAAAAAGCAAUUUGGUCGUGAAAUUUAUUACCAACCAAAAAUAUUAUAUUCAAAUAAUAGAUUUUUAGAAAACUCUGAUUUAAUAAUUCAAAAUCAUUUAAAAGAACAUAAUAUGAAUAUUUUAUAA